AUGCUACUCCGUAGCUCCUCGAAUCCCGCUCUUAAUUCAUGGUUUCGACAUGAAAACCCAAAAGAAUCGUCAUCGUUGGAGCACCUGUUCAUUCGCCGUAACCCCAGAUCACCAACAAUUUCACUAUACUCGUUAAAUCCCAAGAAUGAUUCUCCCAAGAAGAUUGCUAGAGCUUCAUCGGAGGCAGAUUUGAAUGGUAGUCUUGUCACCAAAGGUGGCGGCGGUGGUGAAGGGAAGAUCUCCAGCCGUGGUGGUCACGGGAAUCAUCAUGAGAAUGAUAGUACGGAUUUAUAUUAUCAAAACAUGAUCGAAGCAAACCCUGGGAACGCAAUGCUUCUUAGUAAUUACGCUAAAUACUUGAAAGAGGCUAGAUGUGAUUAUCCAAAGGCAGAAGAGUACUGCAGCAGAGCAAUACUAGCAAACCCUAACGAUGGAAAUGUUUUAUCUAUGUAUGCUGAUUUGAUCUGGGAGACACAUAAGGAUGCCACUCGUGCACAAAGUUAUUUUGAUCAAGCUGUUCAAGCUUCCCCUGAUGACUGUUAUGUUAUGGCUUCUUAUGCUCGGUUUCUUUGGGAUGCUGAUGAUGAUGAUGAAGAAGAGGAAGAGUGUGAGGUUGAUAUGAACAUUUUGACACCAAUUGCUGCAGCAUGUUAGAGUUGAACACUCUUUUGUAUAUCGGCAGAGAUAUUAUAAUUGUAUAUAGCAACUUUCUGACCUUUUUUUUUUGUGAGUUGUUUAUUGUUGUAUCAUCAAUGGUCAAUGCUAAUAUGUUUCUAUUGCAGUGAUUUUUGUAAAUAUCAUGUCACAAAGAUGAUAAAAUGAUGACAUAAGUUUUAUUAUGGUGUGUAUUUUUUUUCAAGAUUAAGAGAGAAGUCAUUAUGCUUACAUAGUCAAUAGGGCCAUUAUCUGUUGUAGUGAAGUGUAGCUGCUCAAAUGACUUGAUUGGUUGAAUUGAUGAUAAGAUAUGGAAGGAGGACCACUUUUUGUUCUUGGACAAAAAAUAUCUUGUUAGUGAUUUGAGUUGAAUAAGAC